GUCCCCCCUCACAGCCUCUCUCAGCCUCCCUGACAUCCACACACACACAGCGAGAAGUGAUGCAGCGCGACUGAGACGCGCAGUUGAGGUGGAACAACGGGCAACAAAAAAAAAGCUGCAGCGAUCUGGAUACACUCUGCACCCAAACGCUGCCGCCUUCACAACCUCGAGAAGCGGCGGGGGGGAAAAAAACCUGCCCUUCCUUAGAAUAAAACUUCAUUAUCAGGCUGCUGUUCGCCCGCCCCUGUGAUACUCCGAGGAGCCCCUUCCUGCUUCUGUAGAUUACAGCAUGUGGACUGAUCCGAUACUCUGACCAGAAACCAGCGGACUAAGACGACCGAGGGGAGGGGGAGACGAAAGGACAGGCGUGGUGGUGGUGGUGUGGCCAUGGAUGGAAGGAGAGUUUGCGUGUUGAUGGCGCUGUGGGUUUUAGCUCACCUCAGCUCGCCGAGUUUCGGGCUCAAAGCCCUGCGAAGGACUACAGGGGGGCGGAAGGGGUCCACGGGGCUGACGGGAGAGGACGCCAAUGGAGUGCCCCUCAGGCGCUCCAAACGAGGCUGGAUGUGGAACCAGUUCUUUUUGUUGGAGGAGUACACCGGGACGGACAUGCAGUACGUCGGAAAGCUCCACUCGGAUUCCGACCGCGGGGACGGCAGCGUGCGCUACGUCCUCACUGGGGAGGGGGCGGGGACCCUCUUCAGGAUAGACGAGAAGUCCGGAGACAUCCACGCCACCAAGAGGCUGGACCGGGAGGAGAAGGCCUACUACAUCCUCCGCGCCAAAGCCGUCAACCGCUUCACCAGCGAGGGGCUGGAGGGCGACUCCGAGUUCAUCAUCAAGAUCCACGACAUCAACGACAACGAGCCGCGAUUCACCAAGGACCCGUACUACGCCCGAGUCCCGGAGAUGUCUGAUAUCGGCACUUCGGUAAUUCAGGUGACGGCCACGGACGCCGAUGACGCCACUUACGGGAACAGCGCCAGGGUGGUGUACAGCAUCCUGGAGGGCCAGCCGUACUUCUCUGUGGACCCCGAGACCGGCCUGAUAAAGACGGCGCUGCCGGGCAUGGAUCGAGAAGUCAAAGAAAACUACCAGGUGGUCAUCCAGGCCAAAGACAUGGCCGGACAGAUGGGCGGGCUCUCGGGAACCACUACGGUCAGCAUCACGCUCUCUGACGUCAACGAUAACCCGCCGCGCUUCACCAAGACCAUGUACGAGUUCAGAGUGCCGGAGUCCAUAGAGGUCGGGGCCACGGUGGGAGUGAUCCGGGCCAUGGACGCCGACAUCGGGGAAAACGCAGAGAUGGACUACAGAAUCAUCCGGAGCGACGGGCCCGGCAUGUUUGACAUCGGCGCCAACAGGAGCACGCAGGAGGGCGUCAUCGUGCUGAGGAAGCCUCUGGACUUCGAGAAGAAGCGUCAGUACAGUCUGAGCGUCCAGGUGGAAAACGUCCACAUCAACCCUCGCUUCUUCUCCGUGGGGCCCUUCAGGGACGAGGCCACCAUCAAGAUCGUGGUGGAGGACGUGGACGAGCCGCCCGUGUUCGAGAGAGCCAGCUACGUCAUGGAGGUGAAAGAGGACGCGGCGAGGAACACCAUCAUCGGCUCCGUCAGCGCCUCGGAUCCCGACGACAAAAACAGUCUCGUCAGGUACACGAUUGAUCGGCGCACAGACAUGGACCGAGUGUUCAACGUCCAUGCAGGCAACGGGUCAGUGUUCAUCCUCCGAGAUCUGGACAGAGAAGAGAACCCCUGGCACAACAUCUCCGUCAUAGCCACAGAGUUCAAUAACCCGCGACAGAUCAGCCGCGUGCCCGUGUACGUCAGAGUGCUGGACGUCAACGACAACGCUCCGACGUUUGCCACCAAUUACGAGACGUUUGUGUGUGAGAACGCUAAAGCUAAUCAGAGGAUACAAACCAUAAGCGCCACAGAUCCCGACGAGCCUCUCGCUGGACACAGAUUCUUCUUCAGUCUGGCUCAGGAGGCUGCUGGGAAGGCCAACUUCUCCGUCCGCGAUAACAAAGACAACACGGCCUGGAUCCUCACGCGCAGGAACAGCUACAACAGUCUGCAGAAGAGCGUCUACCACGUGCCGGUGGUCAUUUCCGACGGAGACUUCCCCAUGCAGAGCAGCACCAGCACGCUGACCAUCCGGGUGUGCACGUGCGACCGCGAGGGAAACAUGAAGCUGUGCAACGCCGAGGCCUUCACGGCGAGGGCGGGGCUCAGCACGGGGGCCCUGGUGGCCAUUUUGCUGUGUGUCAUCAUUCUGCUCAUGAUCGUGGUGCUGUUCGCCGCCCUGAGGAGACAGAGGAAGAAGGAGCCUCUGAUCAUCUCCAAAGAGGACGUCAGAGACAAUGUCGUCAGCUACAACGAUGAAGGGGGCGGCGAGGAGGACACUCAGGCCUUUGACAUCGGCACGCUGCGCAACCCGGAGGCCAUCGAGGAGAGCAAGCAGAGGAGGGACAUCGUGCCCGAGACCUUCUACCCUCCGGUGCGGCGUCCCGUCCUCCCGCCGAUCAGGGACAAUAACGGCGACGUGAGAGACUUCAUCAACCAGCGGCUGCAGGACAACGACACCGACCCGACGGCGCCGCCUUACGACUCCCUCGCCACCUACGCCUACGAGGGGAACGGCUCGGUGGCGGAGUCGCUCAGCUCGCUGGAGUCCGUGACGACCGAGGGCGAUCAGGACUACAACUACCUGAGCGAGUGGGGCCCGCGGUUUAAGAAACUGGCGGACAUGUACGGGGGCGACGACAGCGACAGGGAUUCCUAACGAGGAGCCUGACACACGGACGAGGGGAAGAGAGAAAUUUGAAAUGUUGACGAACAUUCCCGGGGGCACUUUAGGCCUCAAUCAAGCGUGGCGAGGAAAAAUGGCGACAAGGACCUAGAAACGAGCCGCGCGCUCUUUCACCGCCAUCGAUCACCAUUCACAGUCGUCCCUCCGAGGUGACCAGACGUAGGCUUUGUGUGUCCAGUCAGUGUUAGUUGCGUUUUUUGCAA